AUGGCUCCUCAAUCGCAGGCCGAUAUCGAGCAGACCACAGCCCCCAUAACCCGAAUCCAGCCCAAGCGCGAGCAAACAACUUCGUCCGCUGUCGUACCCGCUAAGCGCCUCAAAGGCUCGCAUUUUUCCAACAAGAAACCAGCCCGACGAUACACUGGGCCCAUCACCAGAAGCCGCAGCAAGCGAAAGCGGCCCGACGAUGGAGAAGACGCCGGCGUUUCGCCUAUCAAGACUCCGAAGCGGAAGAAGACCUCUCAUACAUCCUAUCCUGAUCUACCGUCCUCAACAUCCCGUUUCUUCGACCUCCCUCGCGAAAUCAGAGAUCAGAUAUACCACGAGCUAUGGACCACAUCCGCACCCCUCCCCCUCAGCCACAAGUCCUUCCACUACCACAUUCAAUACACCCCUUCCCCAACCCCCCUCCUCGACCCGGAGCACCCCCAUCCUCGCAUCGCCACCUUUACCGCCCCCGCUCCGCCCUUCCGCGCACCAUGGCUCCUCACCAACAAGCAACUCCUCGCCGAAAGCCUCGAGCAGCUGCAACGCAAAGGCGACUGGGCACCCUGGGCGAAGCUGCCCACGAAGCUGACGAACCCCACCUUACACAAGACCAUCCCGCUAUCUCCGAAGAACGCCAAGCUCCUCACGCUAGAGCACAGCUACCGCUCGCCCACGGCGCACUUACGCGAGCUAGCCGCCGACAUCGGCGCGGGCGACAGGCCGAAGCACCUCAGGGUGUCGAAUUUCUCUGUCGUCAUGACAUUGUUUGAGGAACUUCGCGAGGAGCGGCCGAUCGACUUUUCGGCGCUGGAGAUGCUGACGGGGUUUGAGACCGUGGAGAUUGAGACGGGGCUGCUGUUUUCGACGGAGGAUGUGGAGGCUGAGGAGGUGAAGAGGGUGUUUCGGGAGGAGGUUGAGAGGGUGGCGGUGGUGAUGGUGGGUGGGGUUGGGGAGGUGAAUGAGGUGGUUAGGCUGGAUGAGGAGGAUCGUUUGGUGUGGACGGUAAGGGCGACGAGGGUUGGGUAG